AUGUCUGCUGUGACAACAGACGCGACUCCCGAGCUCAGGAGGACGGGCUCCAAGGGCUCUUCCUUGGAGAAGAAAGCCAUCACAGAUGUCUACGUCGACGAGGAGACAACAAGCGCUACAGAAAAGGAUACGGAUGCAGUACCAGACAAGGUGAUUGACAAAGCGGAAGAUGUCGCAGUGGAGAUCAUCUCGACAGAAGACGACCCGAGUCUUCCCGUCCUUACAUUUCGGAGUGUGUUUCUCGGUAUCGGUCUCAGCGCUUUCAGUGCGGUCCUGGGCACAAUCUACACGUUCAAGCCGCAGAAUGCUACCGUGUCCCAGCUCUUCAGUCUGAUCAUCGCGUAUGUACUUGGAACCGCGAUGCAUGCGGUCAUCCCAAGUCAUGGCCGAUGGCGGUAUCUCAAUCCAGGCCCGUUCAACAUCAAAGAACAUACGGCGAUCGUCAUGAUGGCUUCCACCGCUUCGAAUGUGGCUGUAGCAAUGGAAAUCAUUGCUGCGUUGGAUCUUUUUUACGACAUACGUCUGAACCCCGCCGUUGCUAUUUUCCAGAUCUUUGCUACUCAGAUGAUAGGCUACGGUAUCGCGGGACUACUGCGAAACCUGCUGGUGUACCCAACCUAUGCUUUCUACCCGCUUUACAUCUCCGUCGUCAACUUGCUUCAGAGUCUGCAUUUCGAGGGCAUGCUCAAUCACAAGAAAAGGCGGUAUUUCUGGAUCGUGUUCACAGCGAUCUUCCUAUGGGAAUGGAUCCCUCAAUAUCCUUUCCCCCUCAUGAGCGCGAUAUCGGUGAUCUGCCUCAUCAGCAACGGGCGCUCUACUUUUAUUCGCAAUCUAUUCGGUGCAGGAUCCAGUAACGAGGGUAUUGGCUUGCUCUCUUUCAGCACAUCGUGGACCCUUAUAACCCAGGGGAACCCGCUUGUCUGGCCUUGGCAAACUCAGAUCAACUCUUACAUUGGGAUGGCUUUGGGUUACAUUAUCCUGACAGCGUGUUACUACGCGAAUACGUUCAACGGCCGGAACCUGGUCUUCAUGUCAACCUCCCUCUUUGGAGACGACGGCGGCACAUACAACCAGAGUGCCGUUUUGACAUCAGAUCAUAGGCUGGACCCAUCGAAGUUGGCCGAAAUCGGCCUGCCGAGAUAUACCACCAGUUACACGAUCUCGCAACUGGUGUAUAACCUCUCCUUGGGAGCUGCAAUCGUUCACGUCGUGCUUUGGUACUGGUCGGACCUGAAAAGAGCACUGGGAGGCACACGGUUCUUGAAAACCGAUUUGGAAAUCGAUGAUCCUCAUUACAAAGUCAUGCAGAAAUACCCCGAAGUACCGCAAUGGUGGUAUCUCAUUCUCUUCAUCGGCUCGCUCGCCGUCGGCAUUGGGUGUAGUUAUGCCACUGGCAACGGUACUGUGCUCAUGCCCGCGUGGAGUAUCAUUUUCUUCACUCUCCUCAGUGCCAUCAUCGCCGUUGCCCUCGGCUUCAUCAGUGCUACCACCGGGUUCAACCUCUCGAUCAAGUACGCCAUCCAGAUCAUCGCUGCUUUUAUCCAUCCCGGACAACCGAUCCCCGUCAUGUAUGCCAACCUCUACGGAAACAGCACCUCGUUCCAGACAUUAUACCUGCUCCAAGAUCUGAAGCUCGGGCAGUAUACAAAGGUUCCUCCAAGAUGGACGUUCGCUUUCCAAAUGGCGGGCUCGAUCGUCGGGUCGAUCUUCAACUACACAAUGAUGAAGUCCAUCGUCACGAACAACCGUGAAGUCCUGAUAGAUCCCGUCGGCACCCGUAUAUGGUCCGGAUGGAUCAUCCAGCAGUACAACUCGAGCUCCGUGGCCAUGGGCGCGCUCGGUAAGGAGCUCUUCACGUACGGCAAGCCGUACUGGCUCGUCCCCUUCGCGAUCUUCCUCGGCCUGUUCAUGCCCAUCCCGUUCUGGCUCGUGCACCGCUUCGCGCGCAAGGACUCGUUCGUCGCGCGCGCAGCGAAGUACAUCAACACGCCCAUCAUCCUGCUCUACAUCGGCUACCUGCCGUACUCGGUCAACGGGAUGUGGUGGUCGUGCCUCGUGAUCGGCCUCGCGUCCCAGCAGUGGGCGCGCAGGAGACGUCCCGGGUGGUUCAAGAAGUACAACUACAUCACGUCCGCCGCGCUCGACGGCGGGAGCCAGAUCAUCAUGUUCAUCCUCAGCUUCGCCGUCUUCGGCGCGAGCGGCAACGCGGUGGACUUCCCGAACUGGUGGGGGAACCCCGCGAACCUGUCCGUCGACCGAUGCGCCGCGACCGACUGAUCACGGGGCCGAGCGAGACCGCAACGCUGCGGCGGUUACCUACCAAAACCUGCGGUGCACACCGACGUCGCUCACCGCAGCUCCCCGCUCGCCCUCGGCCAUCUCUUAUCUCCAUAUUUCUUUAUUUCAUGGCAGUGUACGCAUCAUACGUACUCGGUAGUAGUAGAGAGUCGCGUUUGCGAUCCCCACAUGCACGUCGCGCAUGUUCGAUAUCUGUGUAAGUUACUUUUCGAUUAGCGUGACGAGGGCGGGUACACGAUGGACCGAAUCAGACGGACAGAGUCCACAAUCCACACGAGCGAGUGAGCGAGCGAGCGAUAUGUAUAUUUGCGAUUCGAGACAAACCUAGUAGUCCGUGCAACAGUAAGUAGCUAGCUAGCUAGAAAUAGCAGAGUGUGAUGUAAGUAACCCAAAUUCAACGUCGGGCGGCCCAGUCGUGCCUGCCCAUCCGUAUGUACGCAGCCAAAUAGGAUAGUAAAAGAGCGUCGCGUCCCCGGUCGUCGAUCGAUCGCGUUGAUCACGACGAGGACGACGAGGACGCAUAUAAGUAAACAAAGCGGAACACGACCCCAGUCCGGCCGAUAGCGAGUUGCUGCGGCUGCGGCGGGGCGAUGCAGAUGAUCUCCCGAUCCCGAAAGUGUGAGAGUAAUGCGUGAGUGCGUGAGUGCAGGUGCGUGCAUGUGAGUUGCGAGUGCGAGUGUUGAAGUGCGCGCGGCCGAAUCCCCCCAGUAUACACUAUGAUACAACAAGCCGCGCGCAUGUGAAUGGAUGAGUCAGUGAAUGAGUGAGUCAGUGGGGGACGGCGGCGGCGGCGUUCGUGGGACGCGGGCGCGCGUCAGGCCGACUCGUUGACGUGGAGCGUGACGGGGCUCAGCGACGACAUGACCUCCACAUGGCCUUCCUUCUUCCGGUCGUUCAUCGCAGGGCGCUCGCCGCGCCCGACCCACCCCAAUAUCCGGCUGUGCGUCUCGUGGUCGUAUACCACCGCGAGCUUCUCCGCCCCGAGCGC